UGAAUGUUAUAUAGUUUUAGAAUAAUUGAAUAAUUCAACAAUUAAAAAUACAAUAUAUGAAAUAUAUAUUGUACAUGACAGAAAGUUCACACUACAAGGUCAAAACUGUUCAAGGGCUCUCUUGGCUCUUCUGAUGCAUCUGGAAGUGGCAAUCUCCUCCAGAGAGGGCAGAGAGCAUCUGAUGAUCUUCUGUGAUGUGUGUAUGACCCUCUGCAGUAAGUAAUGACACUCUCGAUUGUGGCACGGUAGAAGGACACAAGCAGCUUCUGGUUCAGUCUGUUUUUACUGAGGAUUUGCAGGAAGUAAAGACACUGUAUCAUCUUCACUGCCAUCACCCGUGUAUUCUCCGACUAUGACGGAUCAUUUGAGAUCAUAAUCAGAAGGAGGCCAUCGUCUCUACCCAGUCUCCGUUUAUGUAGAGAGGGGUAUAAUCCUCUGCAGUCUUACAGAAGUCAAAGAUGACCUCCUUGGUUUUUGUGGUGUUUAGAAGCAGAUUGUUGGCAGCACACCACUCUGUCAGCAGCCACAGCCCCUCUCUGUAACCAGCCUCUUCCCCCUUUGUGAUGAUGUGUAAGUUCAUUAAGGAAGAUCUUCAGUUACACAUCUGUGUGCUUCCCAAGUACUGGCAGCUAAUCUAAGCUUUAGAUCAUUUCCACUUUCCCAUGUCAUCAAGCUGGCUGUGACAUCACUGGUCUAGUCCAAUCAUCUUUCUGCUGGCUUUCAUCAGGCCAGUCAGCCUUCACAUAUACUUCAAAUGUCACUGCAUAUCUGUCAUUCUUCCUUGCACCAUCAUGCAACUAGUACUAGUAUAAAUACAGCAUGAGGAACUAGCAGUAAACCACAUAACUGGUUUGUGUGGUUUAAGUCUAUUCACUCACAGGCAUGGCUGCUCAUCUCAUCAUGUUUCUCCUCUUCAUUGUACUUAAAGGAGAUCACAGCUUAACUACAGUCAGUCAAGUAUCAGUGAAAGCUGGAGAAUCUAUCUCCAUCCCAUGUCUUUAUGACUCCCAGUACGAAACUUAUCUCAAAUAUCUGUGUAAAGGAUACUAUUAUCGAGAAUGCACAUAUGCAGUAAAAACAAACCAGCCAGGCCAGUCAGGAAAAUAUUCAAUCUCUGAUGACAAAAAACAAAGAAUCUUCACUGUGACUAUUAAAAAAUUAAACGCAGAUCAGGACAGUCAUUACUGGUGUGCUGUGGAGAUUCCUGGGAUAUGGAAAGAUGUGAGAGUCUAUUUUCAUCUGUCUGUCACCAGGGGUCCACCCAGUUUCUAUGUGGAUCAUCAGGAUAUUACGGGUUUUGAUGGAGGAAACAUCACCAUCAAGUUUUACAGUACACAAACUGGGAAAAUAAAGUGGUGCAAGUUGGGCAGCGAGUGUGUAACACAGCCAACUGGAUCAAUAGAUGGAACAAGAGUGAGCAUUAAUGAAAGUGCCCACAAUGUUUUCACUGUCACCAUGAGUCGAGUGACCACAAAGAGCAGCGGAUGGUACUUAUGUUAUAAAGGAGACCUCCAGGUGCCAGUGCAUUUAACUGUGAAUGAAGCUUUCACACCCAAUAAAACAAGUACUAAAGAUCAGGAUGAGCAACUAAGUGGUUCCCUAACAGUUCUCAUCAUCUCUUUGACUUUGUUGAUCUUCUUUGUAACUGUGAGCUUGGUCAUUUGGUUUUUGCUCAAAAGAUCCAAAUGGACCAAAAGAGAAUCAUCAGGGACGGCACUGAGUUUCACUGCUAAAUGCGACGUGGCUGUGACAUACAGCUCUGUGUUUUUUAUGACUCAACAAACCACACAAAGGGUGCGUUAUAAGAGCUCCGUAUCACAAUGUUUCUCAGACAUUAAAACUUAUGUUCUUUUUUUACAUCGUCACCACACAAACAGCAUGGCUCAGUCUUAGUGUGUCUGGUGGCUAGACCACUGCUUUAACUGCUUUAAUUCAGACCAAAUACUGUAAAUAUUAGCAACACGUUCAACUCUAAAUCUUCAGUGCUAUAUCAGUAGCACUACUGUGAAAAGGAUCAAAGCUUAAAGAAUGCAGAC